AUGCCUCCCCACGAGGAGCCCCACGUCGAGAUCGGGCGCUUCGCCUGCUGCGUGCACGGGAAGCUCUGCUGCCGGGGGCGCAAAUCGAAAGCGGACACCCCGGGCAGCCGGAGCAGCAGCUGCCGCUCCCGGUCGGCCGUGUCACCCGCCGCCUCUCGCCCUGCCCCGCCGGCCACAUACACCAAGUACCAAAUGGAUCAACCGCCCGAGCCGACGACCAAGAAGCUGUCCCAGGGUGCCUAUGUGGGCAUUAUGGACCCGGUGACGGCGGAGACGUACAUCGCCCGGCCCACCUCGUUCGUCCUCUACCAUCUGCUCACCAAGACCACCAGCGAGUCGCAGCAGGCCAUUGAGGAGAGCAACCGGAACUACACGAUGACCGGCCUGUACUCGCCGGAGAACAUUGACGGGUCGCUGCCGUUGCACAUCGCCUAUCGUCGCAUGUCCGGGACGGCCAUCCAUUUCCCAAUCGUCGAGUCGGAGGAGGUGACCGGGCGGCCGACGUACUCCAUCGGAUGUGCCCCAAACUCUAACCGUUUCUUCACCAUCCACCGUCUCGUCCAUUUCUACAAAACGUUCACUUGCGGCAACCGCUUCGAUUCUGACCACGGGCUGAGCGGCGAAGUGUUCCCCAUGGAGUUCGACACGAGGAGCGGCCCACCGUCCCCGUCCCCGUCGUGCUACCGUUGU